CAAUAACCAAACAACCAUACAAGUACAAAAACCGAGCUUAUCUGGAGUGUAAUGCACAAAAGAUAUACUGUGAAAAAUGGAAGCUCUACUUGUAAGAAAACUCGGCGAUCCUACUCUACCACCGAAUGUCUCAGAAAAUUCACCAUUCGAUCUCUCAACCUCUCAUCCAAUCCCUAAUUUGGGGUCACCUACCUCCGUUAGAGUACGAGUCAAAGCAACCAGCUUGAAUUUCGCAAAUUACCUCCAAGUCCUCGGCAAGUACCAAGAGAAACCCCCUUUACCUUUCAUUCCUGGCUCCGAUUACUCCGGCGUUGUUGAUGCCGUUGGCCCUAAUGUUACUAAGUUCAAAAUUGGUGAUCCCGUUUGCUCUUUUGUUGCACUUGGCUCCUUUGCUCAAUUCAUCGUCGCCGAUCAAUCCGACUUGUUUCGAGUACCUGAUGGGUGUGAUCUAGUGGCAGCGGGUGCACUUCCUGUUGCAUAUGGGACAUCCCAUGUGGCUCUGGUGCAUAGAGCACAGCUGCGUCCCAAUCAGGUGUUAAUGGUACUUGGAGCGGCUGGAGGUGUUGGGCUCUCAGCGGUACAAAUUGGGAAGGUUUGUGGAGCAACAGUUAUUGCAGUUGCUAGGGGAAAUGAAAAGGUGCAAUUUUUGAAAUCUUCAGGAGUUGAUCAUGUAGUAGACUUGAGCAAUGCAAACGUCAUCGAAAGUGUCAAGGGAUUCCUGAAGUCAAGAAAGCUCAAAGGGGUUGAUGUCUUGUAUGAUCCGGUCGGCGGGAAGCUUACAAAAGAUAGCAUGAAGCUAUUAAAUUGGGGAGCGCAAAUUCUGGUUAUUGGAUUUGCAAGUGAAGAAGUACCUGUCAUCCCAGCGAACAUUGCUUUGGUGAAGAACUGGACGAUUCACGGACUCUAUUGGGGAAGCCACAAGAUAUAUCAACCUAAUGUGCUUGGAGAUUCUCUGAAAGAGCUCCUAUCCUGGUUGUCUAAGGGUUUGAUUACAAUCAACAUUUCUCAUACAUUCAGCCUGGCAGAGGGACUAGCAUUUCAUAUUCAAAAAAAGGCUGUCUGAUCCUUACGGACCUUCAAGAUAGUUAAAAUCCUAAAGUAAGGUGCCCAGCUCUGAACAUUAAUCCUAAAGAAUGCGGGCUUGCCAAGCUAUUAAAUGCUUGAUUACUAGCUAUUCAAGGUCCAUCCUGGAUCAUCAUGCACGAGAGAAACACAAUGGCCUCUAGAAACUUAGAGGUCUAGGUCGUAGGGUUACUAUGGAGAAGAAAUAUGUGGCUAGGAUCUUCUUAUAUCGAGAGAGGUAGUCUGGUGCAUUUGUGCAUGGCCAGUGACAUAAUCCUUCGUGCACAAGUACAUACUGUUACAUUAUAUUCUUCUUGACAACAGUUUUCAACUGAACCCAUUCUGAACUGAAAGUAAACCAACACAUGGCUUAUCUGGAUGCUCAUUAUUUCUUCUACAGUAUUUG